CACUGUAUUAAUGCUGAUCAUGUUUCAUGUUCCUCCUAUAUAAACUCACUGGUUUUCUUUGUGUUUCCCAGAGAAAGAUAAGCUGCUCUCCUCUGUGGCCAGCUAUGGGUCCCAUGGUCUUCUGGGGAGUGAAAGCCCCCGUCCCACUGAUCUGGUGGGUUCUGAGUGUUGCCAGCAGCACGAGGAUGUGGAGGAGGAGGAGGCACUGAGGAGGAAGCUCAAGUACUUCUUCAUGAGCCCUUGUGACAAGUACCACGCCAAGGGUCGCAAGCCUUUCAAGCUGGUCAUGCAGCUGCUCAAAAUCUUCAUUGUUACAGUGCAGUUGGUACUGUUUGGACUUAGCAACCAGAUGGUCGUGACAUUUAAAGAAGAAAACACAGCAGCGUUCAAACACCUUUUCCUGAAGGAUUAUCGGGACAACGUUCCUCAGGCCGUGCACACACAGGAGGAGCUUUACAGCCACAUCAACUUCGCCAUAGAGCAGUACCUGGCUCUGCCUCAGAUCUCACUGGGACGGUACGCCUACGUGUUAGGUGUGGGCGUAAACGGGAGCGCGCUCUCCCUCUGCCAGAGGUACUACAGAAAUGGCACCAUCGACCCCGUCAAUGACACGUUUGACAUUGAUCCACGCGUCCUCACCGAAUGUAUUGGACUAAAUCCGCUGACUUAUGAACCUGCUCCAGGAAACAGCAACUACAAGAAUUUCACUCUCAAAUUUUACAAGCUAAUCAAUGUAACAGUGGACUUCCAGCUGAAGGCUAUCAACAUUCAGACCAUCAUAAACAAUGAAAUCCCAGACUGCUACACCUUUGCUAUCACGAUUGUCAUGGAUAACAAGGCGCACAGCGGAAAAGUUAAGAUCACUCUCCAGAACCAGGCCUACAUAAAGGAGUGUAAAGACCCCAACGUGUCUGGACACGCUGAGAGCUACGCUCGGGAGCUCUAUGAUGUGGUGGUGGCAUUCGUUUGUCUGGUGUCUCUGCUGCUGUGUGGGCGCUCCAUCCUCAGAGGUAUCCUGCUGCAACAUGAGUAUGUGCAGUUUUUCAAAGACAGACUUGGCCGCAGUGUGAGCUGGGGAGACAGAAUGGAGUUCAUUAACGGCUGGUAUCUUCUGCUCAUGAUCAGCGACAUGUUCACCAUCAUCGGCAGCUUCAUCAAGAUUGGGAUUGAAUCCAAGACUUUGUCAUCGUAUGAUGUGUGCGGGAUCCUGCUGGGAACCUCCACCCUGCUGGUGUGGGUGGGAGUCAUCCGCUACCUCAGCUUCUUUCAGAAAUACAAUAUCUUGAUUGUUACAUUAAGAGCUGCUUUUCCUAAUGUCAUCCGCUUCUGCUGCUGUGCAGCUGCUAUUUAUUUGGGAUAUUGCUUCUGUGGAUGGAUUGUGCUGGGGCCUUAUCACACCAAGUUUCGCUCCCUGUCCAUGGUGUCCGAGUGCCUGUUUUCUCUGAUCAACGGAGACGACAUGUUUGUCACGUUCGCCGAGAUGGAGCAUAGCAGUGCGCUGGUGUGGAUCUUCAGCCAGGUCUACCUUUACACCUUCAUCUCCCUCUUCAUCUACAUGGUGCUGUCCCUCUUCAUCGCGCUCAUCACCGGAGCCUACGACACCAUUAUGGCUCAAACACAGGAGCAGGUGCGCGUCACAGACCUGAGCGCCUUCAUCGCAGAGUGCACGGACACACCCAGCUCGGGCAAAUUCCGCGGUCCUGAAGGGUCGUCAUGCUCCUUCUUCUGCUGCUGUGACUGAUACCCAGCACAGCAGGGACGAUGAUGCCUUGAGAGUGAACCGACUGACCUUGGACCACUUUGUCCUUCUUUUGCCCAUUUUUUGAAUUUUGCAUUUCAAUGUGCGCUGGAACGCUAGAACGCACUGCACGUUCACAGCACCAAUUACCUGCUUCAGCUUUUGUACUGUAUGAAUAAUUUAUUGUCUUCUUCUGAAAUGUGUGUUUAUGAGGUCUUUGAUGACCAGACGCAUAAUGCCAGUAAACACAUUCAUUGCUGUAGACUGGACACAGGGUCCGCCAACUGUUAAGUGCAAUGAAUGCAAAUGUUCACUUGAAUUCUCCACUGUGUAAAGGGAUUUUAUUAUAAUUUUACUGUCCACAUGGCUUCUUAGGGGACAGGAUUUUUGUGCCUCUUUUUUAUGUAAAUAUGUCUUCUGCAUCUUUACAACAGAGGUAGAAUAAACGCAAGAGACAGCAAAGCAAGCUGAAAAAUAGAGUGACCAUUAACUGCUGUAUGCAUGCAUUAGCUCCUUCAACAGUCUCAGUCAAGGCGGCUCCAUCCUUUGUUCAUGUCCUCCUUCGACUGGAAGGAGAUGACGGCUGCACGAGGAAGGAUGAGCCCCGCAGCCAACCAGUCAGUCAUCAAUAUGUAUGAACCGUUUCUGCUGUAAAGAGACAGGUGACUGUGCGCGCUAAUGCACUGCGAGACAGAGCCUUUUUUCUUUUCUUUUUUUUUUUAAAUGUUUGGUUUGAAGUGCUUCCGUGCAAGGCUGCGAAUAUCCCUGCUGACAAACUGAAUUCAAACAAGUGAUAUUCAAAGGGAGGUGCGUCAAAAUAGACAACUUUAUCUAGGCUGUGUAGGCAGAGUUGUGUUUGUGUCAGACUCUGUCGGGACGCUGACAUUGAAGCCAUGUGUGAAAGGGUAAUAGCUCAUUUAUUUAUAUCUGUGAACUAGUGAGGACAUCUCCACAAACCAGCAGUUCUUCAUUUACCAUUUUUAAAGGGAUUGACUGGUUAGAAUAUCAUGCAUAUUAGAGUAACUUGAGAAAUGGUAAUAUUCUGUGUGAAGGCAUAUGAAGGGCGCUUACUUAUUGAACAAAAUGUGUCUCAGGAUUUAAUGUGACAAAUGGAUUUUCUGAGGCUGCACUGAUUUUCUUUUUUCUUUCACUGACAUGUUUAUUUUAAUGUAUUCAUAUUGUUUGAAGUCAAAACUGUGGGAACAUGUUCUCUUCUUUUAAUGAAUGUUUACUUACACUUAUUUGCACUUAAUGAAGACUGAUUUACAGCAUCACUUGAUUUAAAUGUCUCUCAUGGGAACCAUAUAGCACAAUGGAGCGAAGCACUGUUUACAGUAGGUAAUGCAUCUGUUACUGUUUUCCUGACACUGACGAUUAUUUAAUGCUACUUGGACGUAAUGUUAACAGUGUUAUUGCUCACUACGGUUGUUUACAUAUAUUUUGUAUGCUGUUUUAAUUAUUUUACCUCUUUUCAGGAUGACGCAAGUAAGACAAAAAAAAGGGAGUUGUACAGAUACUGUAUAGAAGGAUGUUGUAUAGGUUUUUACCUGUGAUUUGUAUUGAAUCUUUCCUGUGAAGAUGCUGCCUUGUGCACGUCAGCAAAAUAAAUUGGAUA